AUGGCUUUAGCAUGCUACCCUUUGAACAGUGCAGAGCUUCACCCAUUUAAUAUCGAGGAAAACGGUGGAACACCAUCAACUACAAAAAUGCCUGGAAGACCCCACCAUCACCUCCACCUCCACCACCACCACCACCACUCCAACUAUGGGGCACUUGCUCCUCCUGACAACAAGGACAGCGUGGCUGGCAUGCAAAGUCCAAACAGAGUAUCCCGGCAUUAUGAGGAUGCUUCUCCCCGUUUAAAGAAGAUGGAGGUGGAGACUGCGAAAGUAGGAGGGCCUUGGUCAGCUCUGCACAUCAGCAUGAACAAGGGUGAAGAUAGCAAAACUUCAGAGAAGAGCCUUCAUCCUCCUCCCGUGUCACCUUCCUCAGUACCUGACCACUUUAAAUGUAACAUCCUGAAGGCUCAGGUGGAAGCGGCUUUUCGUGUGGGUCCGCAGGUUGGAAAAGAAGAAACUUCUUUGACAAAUCCUCCUAACACUUCCAGCCUGCAGGACCCUAAUGUCAGAAAUCUAGCCCCUUUAUGGCCAGAGACAACACAGACAAGCAGUGUACCUGAGAAGCAGGAAGUGAAAGCACCGCGGGUGAGGAAACUGAUGAGGCAGUACAGCUUUGAUGAAGAUGACCUUCCUCCAGCGCUUGCAGCAGCAGUUGGGGCAUCGCCACCACUCUCCUCAGCAUCUCCUGGGUCACAGAGAACAAACUCGGAGGGACACUUUCCAUCAUGUGCAAAGAGCCCUACAGAUACUGGAGGUACAUUUGCCUUGGCGCCUGGAGAUCUGCUCAUGGAUUUCACUGAAGCCACACCUAUGGCAGAAUUCAUAGACAACAAGCUACAAUGCUGUGUAGUACAGUCAUCUCCCAAGAUGUUAUCUCCAGUCGCCCCAGCAUCUGGGACAAAGUCUCUGGUGGGAACCUUUCCGACGCCAACCGUGCAGACCAUCUAUUCAUCUCACAAACCAAUUUCUCUGGCAGACAGCGCUGAGACUCUACGGCGGGAACUUGAGCGAGAAAAGUUGAUGAAAAGACUGCUGAUGACAGAAUUAUGAAACUUCUCACUUCUGUCUCGUUCAGAGAAUGGAUUGGGGCCUUUUCUGUGCCUUCCGUCUGUUUACAUUCCUUUGCUCGUGUGUGUGUGUGCGUGCGCAACAUAAUGUAUCAUUACAAUAUGAUAUAUUACAAUCCUGGAUUAAUCAGUUGGCUAAAAGAGUUAAUUCAAGGACUUUCUUUGUAUAUUUGUUACUAUGGCGAGGAUCCAAAGAACCAUGAAACUAGUGGUUCUAUACCCCAUGAAAAAGGGGUUUAGAAUUCAAUCUUUUACCUCAGACAGCAGCCCCUCUCUCUUCCGCAUGGCGAACAGCUUUUCAAAUGGAGAGAAGUUUCAAGAGCUGUUUGUAAGAGGGAACUCGAAUGGAUUGGUAUCAGCCCCUCCAUGAAUCUAAGCAUCUCUUCAGAUCCCAAUCUAUGAUUCUGACUGUCUUUUAUUUCUGCUGAAUGUUAGGAUUUUUAAAAACUACAAAAUCGAGUUGAGGCUAACUUUUGGUAAAUCUGGAAUGAAGAGGAACACUUAGGAACACACACACACACACACACACUGUGUUCUUUUUCUCCUAGAUUUCUCCUAUGUGUAUAUUGCUUUCUAUUCAGAAACAGUAUUCUGUAUAUAUGUUAAUAAUUGCACAGGGAUAAAUAUUAUGCAGAAUAUUUUGAUAGCAUAUACAAAAGGUCAUUUUGUAGAUCUGAAAAUUGCAGGAGUUUACUGUUCGUUUGUUUUGUUUUUUAAACAAAUAAUGGCUGUUUGUUAUAUAAUACUUCUACAUGGUUGCAGGGGAAAGGUGGGGAGGAGAUGUGAUUCCAUCUUACCCUAGGACUGUUAGUUUCCAUAUAAAAAUAAAAGCUGCUUUUUUAAAAUUCCAAAUUUCAAUAUCACAUAAGGAGGAAAUGCACAAACCCACCUACACUUUCAGGAAAUAAAAACCUUGUUAAUUCAAUUUUAUAUUAAAAUAAUACAAUUUUCAGUUAUUCCAGUUUGCUUCCAUUGAUCCCCAUGUUAUCCUACCAAAUACAAUUGAAAAUUAGAUUUUUAAGUGAAAUUCUAAUCCUGCAAACUUCUGCAUGCAAAUUUCAACUUCAAUCAAUUUAUUGUGCAUAGCCAAAGGCCUUUACAACAUACAGCAGAGGGCAGGGCAAGGCUUUCCUCUGAAAUCACAUGACAUUCUGUGGAAAACCACAUUUGAAAUUCUUACAUGCAUAUAAGUUAAGCACGUAUGUAAGUGCUGGUGAAUAUUAAGGCCUUAAAGAACAUACACUAUUAAAGGUCAAGUUUCUUAGAAAACUUUGUCUUCCCAAUUUUAAGCAGUGCCUAAAAGUGUAGUUCAAUUCUGAAACUACCGUUAGUCACCACUUAGAGAAAUGUUUGCAUUAUAUGGUCUGGUAACUCUGUUUUUCUGUUAUAGAUAUAACCCUUUUUCUUGGUACUCUUAACAUCAACAAUUAUUCUGGUAGUCCAACAAGCACUGGGUUACCCAAACCUUGGAGACUGCCAAUAAGUAGAACAGGUCCAGGUCUUUCACACUAGGGUAAGGAGUUAAAACUGAAUAUCUUUUGAAAAUCUACUGAUGAAGAACUUGUGAUAAAAAUAAAAUGGCAUAAGUGUUGGGAGGGCUUCUGUGAUUUGUGGUACCUGAAUAAAUUUCAAAAUAGGCACCAGUAAUGUAAAGCGUCUCCUAAACUCCUGUUUGCCUGAACUGUAUUAAAUAGGUGUUGCCACUUACUAUAUUAAACUGCUGUGUGUCUGAACUCUGUUAAAUAGGCUUUACUCCUACUACACAAAGCACACAAUAGGGGGGGGGUGUCAUUCCAUAUCAAGUGUUCCAACUUUCCCCCCUCAUGUCAUCCAAUUUUCUGCAUAAUUUGUACGCUUGUUGAAUGAUCAAACUAA